GUUAAGCGGAUGCUCUCGGAAAAGCAAGCGAUCCCAUUGAGAAAAUUUCAGUCGCGUCAAGUUGAGGGAGAGCGCAUACCCAUAACAGAUCGCAAACGCAGACUGUUUCUCGCUGGGAUUUACCAAAUCACGAUUUUCAUACAAGCAGAGGAUUUAAUCACCGCUGGGUGACGAUAACACCCCCCUUUCUCCCAGUUUAUUCCCGCUUUCCCUCCUGCUGCAGGAGAAGCAAGCGACAUGGACGGGUUUUACGACCAGCAGGUCCCUUUCGUAGUGCCCCCAAGUAAGUCUCGCAUGCAGGAACCAUUUUGCAGGCUAUUCAAUGACCGAAAAAGGAAGUUUGUUGACACUGAGUUGGCACAGGAUACAGAGGAGCUCUUCCAAGAUCUGAGCCAGCUUCAAGAGAUUUGGAUAGCAGAAGCCCAGGUACCUGAUGACGAACAGUUUGUUCCAGAUUUCCAGUCGGAUAACUUGAUGUUCCAUGGGCCCCCUCAAACAAAAGUAAAACGGGAACUGAGCCCAAGCAGAGAGUAUUCCCCGUGUGGACAAGAGCAGAGACUGUCUCCAUAUGGAGAAAAGUGUCUUUAUAACUACAGUGCCUUCGACGGGAAGCCAUUUACUUUUAACAAGCCACUCACUCCUCCUUCUACACCGGCAUCACCCUUUGGCUCCUCCACCAGUGCAGCAACAAACCCUGUGCAGAAAAGAGUGAUGCCACCAGCCCAGACUCAGACACAAGGCCCGCCACUAUUACCUGGUCCCAACCACAGCUCCACACCUCCACAUCAGAGAGCACAGACUCCACUCCACAGUCAGAGCCCACCUUUUGCUGUGCCCUGCCCACCUGUCAAUCACCCAGAUGCCUCCUACAGCACAGAGCACAGGUUCCAUCGGCAGCUUUCCGAGCCCUGUCUGCCAUUGCCGCAGUCCGAUGGCCGCUGUCAGACACCUUACCCCACGCAGGCCCGUGGCCAUUUUCCCCGACACGGCCGGCCCCAUUAUCAGCGCCAGAUGUCAGAGCCAUUAGUGCCAAUGCCUCCCCAGCGAUUCAAAAAGGAAAUGCUGGAUCCCUGUUACAAUGAGCAGGGUUUGCAAAACAUGGGACCUCCUCGUGCACCAUUGUUCCACCAAAUGUCAAUCAAACAGGAGCCCAGAGACUUCGGCUAUGACUCAGAAGUGCUGAACUGCCAGUCAUCUUUUGGCAAAUCUGCAAACUUCUAUGGCACCAACAGCGAGGGUUUUGGGUAUGAUGCAGAAUCCCACCUGUAUUAUGAUGAUACAUGUUUAGUGCCAGACCGCCUGGAGGGAAAACUGAAGCAGGAGGGUGGAGUUUUCCGAGAGGGUCCUCCGUAUCAACGAAGGGGGUCUCUGCAACUCUGGCAGUUCCUGGUAACUCUGCUGGACGACCCAUCCAACAGCCACUUCAUCGCUUGGACUGGUCGUGGGCUGGAGUUCAAACUCAUUGAACCAGAGGAGGUUGCUCGCCGUUGGGGCAUCCAGAAGAACAGGCCUGCGAUGAAUUAUGACAAACUGAGCCGCUCCCUGCGCUACUACUAUGAGAAGGGCAUCAUGCAGAAGGUAAAGGUUGCUGGAGAGCGGUAUGUGUAUAAGUUUGUCUGUGAUCCCGAUGCGCUCUUCUCCAUGGCAUUCCCUGAUAACCAGAGGCCCAGUCUGAAAGCAGACCCCGAUGGGCUGCAGGUUCCAGAGGACGACACUGUUCCACUUUCACAUUUUGAUGAGAAUAACAGUGUCCCGUAUACAGGCGAUUCCAGGGACCAGUGCUUAGUGGGGCUGUCUUUUCCUGAAAAUUACGCUUUCUGAUCUGUUUCACCACUGAUGAGCAGACCAGAAGAACUCUAAAAUGCAUCUUCACACUCCAAAUGCAGCUCAUGUCAAAUUGUAAUCGCUCCAAUGAGGAAUCUGUAGCGCCUGCUGACAAGUCUCUAGACUUUCUUGCCACACUUUUAUUGUUUGUUUGUUACUAAACGGGUUCCAUGAUGGAAUUUUUAAAAAAUUACAAACAAAAAAAAACUUAGAGACACAACAGUAUUUUCCAGUGUAACCUAUGAUUUUAUAUAUAUAUAUAAAUAAGUGUAUAUUUUAAAAUAUGGCUUUUGUGCACUGCUUUUUUUGUGUAUCGGGGCUGGUGUCUUUUUCAAUGCUCUGCUUUAGUGAGAUUUGUAACAACUUCUGACAAUGCAUUAUGAUGCACCUCAGGCUGUUGUCGUCAUCAUCAAAGUGUAUAUAGCUUUGAUCAUAUUCUGGAAAAAUGCAAAAUUUUUCUCCAGCUGGCCAAGUAAAAUGCUUUAUAACUGUUCAGAAAUAGUUAUUUCAAUUGCUUUUGUAAUGUGAUUUUUAUGGUAUGGGGUUGGGUAGAAUGGACAAAAAGUAGGUAAGGGAACUGAAAAGUGAAAUCUAUGUAUAUUAUGAAUAUAUUUUUGCAAAAGCUGAAUUGAAUUGCAUUGUAUAAGCUGUACAACAGACUUUUAUCACUUUUAAUCGGUUUAAUUGGUGUGUGUAAUAUUGCAAACCAGCUCUUGAUAUAGGGGAAAAUCAAGGCUGAAAUAUCUGAUCCAAGAUCAGUCAUGCUUGUGCGACCUUUAACUGUUUACCAAAGGAUUAUAGCGAGACUGUCUGAUCUCUGCUUAGUAGUAAACAAGCAUGGCAAGAAGCUCUUUUCUCUUUCACUGUCAACCUUAUUUGUCCGUACUGGGUACAACCCCCCCCCCCCCCCCCCCCCAAGUUUUGUUUCACUGUGGAUAAAACUCAUUGUCUUUUGAAGACAAUUGUCUUUUGAAUCUCUUUCAUUAAGAAUUUUCAAGUACAGUUUUGGUGUACAAUUACAGGUCUGUAUUUUCUAAGCUAUAAGAUACAGGAUAAAUAAACGUCCAUAAACAGA